GAUGGGAAGUCUAUGGCCAACCCCUUUAAAGCAGGUAGAGGCAGUAAAUGGGUAGAGAGAACUGGCUUUUCCACUUCCCUGCUUUAGGCUUUCGUCACAUCUCCAGGACAGUGCAGCUGGCAGGUUUUGCAAUGUGCGUGCUCCAGUCAGGCUUCCGGAGAUCCUCACACGCGGGGAGCAAGCCCCAGGGCUUGAGGGCCUAAGCAGAGAGGUGCAGGAUGUGGAGGGCUGGGAGUCGCGCUUCCUCCCCACAGAAUAUGAAGUGGAAAUUCCCUGGCAGCCGGACGGAUUGCUCCCUGGGGCUCCUCCUGCUUUGUGUGCUCCUUCCUUCUGAGAUAUCUGGGAAAGAAGUGAAUCUCCUAGAUACAAGCACUGCUCAGAGUGAGCUGGGCUGGCUUCCAGAUCCUCCAGAAACAGGGUGGAGUGAAGUGCAGCAGAUGAUAAAUGGUACCGCAGCCUAUAUGUACCAGGAUUGCAGUGUAUUUUCUGAGGGUGACACUGAUCACUGGCUUCGAACCAACUGGAUUUACCGGGGCGAGGCAGCUUCUCUCAUUUACGUGGAACUAAAGUUCACUGUGCGUGACUGCAAGAGUUUCAAAGGCAAAGCUGUGACCUGCAAAGAGACCUUCAAUCUUUACUACAUGGAGUCAGAGCAGGAUGUUGGCAUUCAGUUCCGUCGCCCACUGUUCACCAAGGUCAACACGGUGGCAGCAGAUCGAAGUUUCACAAACCAGGACAUUGAAUCACGGGCCUUGCAGCUGAACACAGAAGUGUGUCCAAUAGGGAAACUGUCUCAGCGUGGAUUCUACCUAGCUUUCCAGAACUCUGGGGCUUGUGUGGCCCUGGUUUCCACCCGGGUAUAUUACAAAACCUGCCCAGAGUCAGUCCAAGGCCUGGCCCACUUCCCAGAGACAAUAGCAGGCUCAGAAGGGCUGACAGAGGUGUCAGGAGUCUGCGUGGAAAAUGCAGCUGAAGAAGCAGGCCUCCCACCCAGGAUGCACUGCAGUACUGAUGGCAAGUGGCUGGUGCAAAUGAGCCGCUGCCUCUGUGACGUAGGGUUUGAGGAGGCUGAUGAAAGCUGUGUAGCCUGUCAGCGGGGAUUCUAUCGUCACUCUCUGGAGACUGAACGCUGCCUCAAAUGCCCCCCACACAGCUCAUCCAAUGCUUCGGGGGCUACUUCCUGUCCCUGCUACAUUGGCUUCUUCCGGGCAUCCAACGAGGGCCAGAAUGUUGCUUGCACCCGCCCUCCCACAGCUCCCCGCAAUAUCAGCUUCUCCUUGAUGGGGACUCAGCUCUCCCUUUGGUGGCAGCCACCCAGCGACCUGGGUGGACGGAAGGAUCUUACCUACAGUGUCUUAUGCCAGCACUGUCAUCUUGUGUGUGAGCCAUGCAACCCUGGUGUGGUCUUUUCUCGCAGCACCUCAGGUCUUACCGAGCCAUCAGUGGAUGUGGAUGGCCUAGAGGCUUACACCAACUAUACAUUCACUGUGGAGGCACAUAAUGGUGUCUCAGAGGUUGCUGUCACUUCCCAACGUGCUACUGCUUCCAUCUGGGUCUCUGUUGGGCAUGCAGCACCAGUGACAGUUUCCCAUGUGACCCUUUUGCAGCGUGAUGACAGCAGCCUGUCUUUCUCAUGGCCAGCCCCCAAGCAUAGCAGCAGAAGUUCAGUGGAGUAUGAGGUUGUGUACUUUGAGAAGGGAGAAGAAAAACUCUAUGGAGUUAAACACUUGCAGGAACCCAAUGUGACCCUGACAAACUUACAGCCAGACACAGCCUACCUGCUUCGUGUGCGAUCCAUCACACCCCUUGGUCCUGGUCCCUUCUCCCAGGACAAGGAGUUUCGCACCCUCCCACCUGAUAAUGGGGCUCUUUCCGGUGGUGUGAUAGUUUCUAUAAUCUUUGGAGUUCUGCUGUUCAUGGGGCUGAGUGCAGGACUCUUCAUCUUCUGGAGAAGGCGAGCCGGUCAUCGCCAAGGACGGCCAGACUAUGAUAUCUCAGGGUUUGACCGAGAGAAAAUCUGGUUGAAGCCCUAUGUGGAACUGCAGCCCUAUGAGGACCCCAGCAGGGGGGUUCUGGAGUUCACCAGGGAGCUGGAUGUGUCCUGUGUCACCAUGGAAAAUGUUAUUGGGGAGGGAGAGUUUGGGGAGGUUUUUCUUGGAUCCUUGCACCUCCCAGGGAGAGAAAGCAUCACAGUUGCCAUCAAGACAUUGAAGUCAACAUACUCUGAUUCACAACGAUGGAAUUUUCUGCGAGAGGCAACAAUUAUGGGCCAGUUCAACCACCCAAACAUCGUGCGUCUGGAAGGGGUUGUCACAAAGCGGAGACCAAUGAUGAUCAUUACUGAGUAUAUGGAGAAUGGAGCCCUGGAUGCCUUCCUCCAGAAAAAUGAAGAGAAGUUGAAGCCUGUGCAGCUGGUCAGCAUGCUGCAAGGGAUAGCUUCAGGAAUGACCUAUCUGUCAGACCGCAACUACGUGCACCGGGACUUAGCAGCUCGCAACAUCCUGGUAACUCACAAUCUCCAGUGUAAGGUGUCUGACUUUGGCCUUUCACAGAUACGGGAAGCUGAUGUGGAGGGAAUAUACAAAACUAAGGGUGGAAAGAUCCCCAUCCGAUGGACAGCACCUGAGGCCAUUGCUCACCAGAUCUUCACAUCAGCCAGUGAUGUGUGGAGUUUCGGCAUUGUCAUGUGGGAGGUUCUCUCAUUUGGUGACAAGCCCUAUGGAGACAUGAUGAAUCAGGAGGUCAUGAAGAGCAUAGAGGAUGGGUACCGUCUGCCCCCGCCUGUGGACUGCCCAUCCAUCCUUUAUGAGCUCAUGAAAAGUUGCUGGUUGCAUGAUUGCCUACAGAGGCCCCGCUUCCAGGAGAUCCAAGCACAGCUGGAACACUUUAUCUCUAGCCCCCACUUGCUCCGAUCUGUUGCAGACUUCGACCCCAGGGUGACACUCCGGUUCCCCAGCUGCAGCGGUUCUGAUGGGAUUCCCUAUCGGUCUAUCCCAGAAUGGCUGGAAUCCAUCCGUAUGAAGCGUUAUAUCAUCAACUUCCGCACUGCAGGCUUGGACACCAUGGAAUCCAUCUUGGACCUCACAGCCGAGGACUUGAAACACAUGGGGAUAUCCCUGCAUGGCCAUCAGAAGAGGAUUCUCUGUAGCAUCCAGGGCUUCAAGGAGUGACCAGAACUCAGGGCCACAAGCUGCUAAUACACCCAAGCAUACUGGGUAUUACUUGGAACCAUUCCCAACGGUGACUGUUUCCAAGAAGAAAGACUGGUAUGAUCAAAGUGACAAAUAGGCCAGAAUGAACUCACAGGGAAGUCUUGCCUACUUUGCCCUCCCUUCUUCCUUGACUUAUUUUUGUGAGCCUCUGGUCCUAAUGCAGCAUUUUGCAUGGGUGCUGGAGUCAGGAAGAGUCCUCAGCACCAAUCCCCAGCACUGAUGAUAUCUGUAUUGUGUUCUGUGCAGUCCUAACAUACCCUCUGCAGCCCACACAGCAGUGACUGGUUAUGUUGUUCAUGGAACUUCUUAGGGACACACACACACAAAGGUAUGUCCCUGUUAACCCCCUGUUAAGAGAGAGAGGAUAAUCUGUAGAGGGAACGCACGAAGAGGCCAGAGCAGAAGAAAUUGGUCCAUGACAAGUACCAGUACCAUUGUUAUCACAUGUUCCAUUUUUCACAAGUCCUUCUAUCUUCUUUAUUCACUAUUAUAACAAAAGCAGAUGCACCAUUGGUCUUGAUCAGGAUCAGAAUUCUUCAUGCACUCAGGGAAGGAGGGCUGCCCAGGUAUCACUAAUACCAAGUAAUGGUAUACUCUUUCCCCUGCUGUAACUGGUCACUUCCUGCCAAGGAGGGAGGUUGAGGUGCAAGAGGAGGAAGGAAGAGAAGCACCUUGUUGUUACCCAUGUGCGUCACAUAACUUUAUCUGUGAUAUAGACACAUGAUUAAUGCUGAAACAUGGAGCUACACACCUCUCCUCCUGCUGCCCCAGUGCUGUCCUGGUUACAGAGUCUCUGACCAAAUACCAAUUUCUGCAUUUUUUUUUGCCAAAUGGGAAGAUGGAUGGUUUUUUUGUUUGUUUUUGUUUGUUUUGCUGCAAUGAGUAAUUUGUCCCAGUAAGAAAAGUGCAGGAGAUAUGUCUCACUCUUCCUCUGUGAAGGAAAUGUGCUUUAAAAAUGUAUAAGAAAUCAUGGAGAAGGAACUGGAUGAAGAGAGAUUAUGGAUUGUAGAUAUUCUUUUGUAAAUAAACUUCUGCGAGAACAGAA